AUGGACGCCGUGGUUGACGAUUUGCGCCACCAGGCCAUCUUCACGCCGUUAUGGGCCACCAUUGACGAGGAGCCUGCUGCCACCACCACUGGCGGCUACAGCCGGGUGGCGGUACGCAACUCGCGAGACGUGUUCUACGCCAAACGGCUGAUGGUUCGGUGUUGUACUUUGGGAAGUGGUGUGUCUAAAUACAACCUUUUGGUGAGCGAUGCUCCGUCACUGACAUUAUUUCAAAUUGAGGGCAUUUCUUUAAACCGCAGAGGUACCUUGCUUGCCGUUUACGGCAUGUCGACGGUGCAAUUAUUCCAUCUUCCUGAAUCCCUCCCGCUGGUGGUACCAGAUGCCGAUGGCAAAGCCGCAGCAGAGAUCCCCGUGCUGGUAUUCGAAACUAAACUUGAGUCUCCGCUUGUCAAGUUUAUUUGGCACCCGCUUAUCGCCGGUGAUGGCGUGUUUGUCACUUUAACUGAAGACCAGAAGGUGAGUGUGUUUGACCUCCGUGUGCUGUCGAAACCAGUCCUCCAAGUGGACUUGAAACAAGAACCCCGUCUUGAGUCACACCGGGCAGUGCUGAUUGGUUUUGGCUCGAAGACAAAUUUGACAGGUGCCCUCACCCUCUACAUCUUAACAGAACUGGGAUCUGUUUUUGCCAUCUACCCGUUCCUCCCGCCUAACACCACGAUUGUGACCACAGCCAAGGCGUUGGAACAGGCGUAUGCUGAUGCCGUGGACGUUGUGGGUGACAUCACCGAGCAGUUCCCCACAUCUACCACUGAUAGCUAUUUGAAAAAAUCAGUUAUCAGACAACAGGCGUUUUUCCAGCAAUUGCUUACCGACUCUCAACGUCCUGGUGUCGUUUCAGAGACGUUAUACCCAGGUUCGCCGCCUCAAGUGCGGCUUCAGUCGCCGAUUGACCCCGCCUCGAAGCCAAUCAUCCAGGGUCCCAUCGCUCACAUUGAAGGGGAAAACUUCUAUGAUAUUGAAGCGAUCUACGAUAACUCAGAGUAUGCAUUCUUGGCUGCUCUCAGUCAGAAACAGGGCAAAAACCAUUGCACCUACCUCGCCCAACUUGCCCCCCUCGUUUGUGUUUGGAACGAGCCUAAUGAUAAUGAUGACCAUCUCAAAGUGAAACGCCCAUCCGGGCCGCGCCCGUCGUUGGACGCUAACGUCGUGGCCUACCGCCGGCCUCGUCGGGGUUUUGGCUUCAUCAACUCCAGUGCUGUAGUUGAUCAGAAGCUAGAGCUAUUCAAACAAGAAAUCAGCUACUGGAUCGACGAGUACUGGCAACUCUCCACCGUGGUCUCCGAACCGGUGGCGGUGUCUGGUGACGCGCGGAUUGUUACUUCGUCUGCCAUUCAAGGGCGUAUUUGGUUUAGAAGACCAAAUGGUGUUGUGGAAGCUGAUAUUGACGACUGGAUGCGCAAGUUCACGUGGCAACUAGCAUCCAACGAGCAGGUCGACGUUGCUAGCUACAAGAGUGAAUAUAAGGUGCUUGACACCACUGCAGGCAUUGAUGGUCUCGCAGUAGUUUCAGACACAGUGAUGCGCACGGGGUUGGUGGUAGCAGUGGUUCAUGGGAACACCGGGCAACUCACCAUCCACGAGAUUGUCUUGGAGAAGCCUCAAAAGCGUUUGAUCAAUGACUCACUUCCAAAUACUAAGCCACAGCCGAAGGUCGCCUCCACUCCAGACACCACAAUCACUGAGUUGAUUGCUGGCGUCAAAGCGUUGGAAAACGUCCCUGACAUCCGUCGAAAGAUUGUGGGAGUUGACAUUCAUCAACAUCUUAUAGGCCACAAGCCGCUUGAAGCCACCAGUAUUGCCCUGGAAGCUGCGGUUACCGCGACGGCUAAAUUCAACCAGGUGGCCAUUCAACUUCAUCACAUUCUUACCAUCGAAAUUGAUAAGCUUCACAAACAGUUGGCGACCCUUAACAAAAUUUCGCCCAGCCAAGAUAUUGGUGCCACUAAAGAAAGGGUUGAGGCUGUUUGCUUACGCCAAGAGGAGUUACUCGAAAGGUACAAGCAACUCAAGGAUCGCUUAUUUGACAACGUGAGACGGGCGACGGCAACCCAACAACUUCCACUUUCACAACAAGAGAAGCAAUGGUUCGCAGAGAUCAACAAGUACACCUCGGAAAUCGGCAGUGACAAUUCCAAGUUGACUGCUCUGGUGGAACUGCUCAGUACUGAGGUUCGCAACGUUCUUGAUCUGCUCAAUAACAGGUCAUCAGACCAAUUGACUACUACUUAUGAGAAUGCUAAGCACGUCAAGCGUCUCCACCUGUGGUUAGAUGAGGAAGGGAAAUCCAUUGAUGCUCUCCGAGCCCAAAUUGAGCAACUUUCCGUGCAAAUUUGA